GCUGCCUCGUCUGGUUUACUGACCCUUGUCCGUCCUUUCGUUUUUCAGUUGCAGAGAGGGAGAGCGAGUGGGUUGACUCUCGCCAGCGCCGAGCCCGACGACCCCCCCCCUCGCCCACCCCAGACGAUGCCUGUACUGACCACGCCAGAAAUCGCCACCAAGUUCAAGGAGAAUUGGAUGAUGCUGCACCCAGAGGAUCAGGAGAACGUGAACGGCGCCGUCAACUUGGACGACAGCCUGACCAGCCUGCAGUGGCUCCAGGAUUUCUCCAUCCUCAACGCGAACCUGGAGAAGCCCCCCGCCGCCGCCGCCCACCUCCACCACCACCACCUCCUCCACCACCACCACCACCACCUCCUCAAGCAGCAGUUCCCCGGCUCGGAUGGCCCCGCUUCGCCACCGGCCGGGGACACGGCCGCCACCGGCAUGCCCUUCAGCCUGGGCAACCCCAUCUCCGCGGCCACCGGAGCCAAGACUUUCAUCCAGACCCACGCUCCUUCCCAGAGCCCGGUGGAGGACGUGGAUUACAAGAGCAACCCGCAUGUGAAACCGCCUUACUCCUACGCCACCCUCAUUUGUAUGGCCAUGCAGGCCAGCAAGAAGAGUAAGAUCACUUUGUCAGCCAUUUACAACUGGAUCACCGACAAUUUCUGCUACUACCGCCACGCAGACCCUAGUUGGCAGAACUCCAUUCGUCACAAUCUUUCCUUGAAUAAAUGUUUCAUGAAAGUGCCAAGGCAGAAAGAUGAGCCUGGGAAAGGAGGGUUCUGGCAGAUCGACCCGCAAUACGCGGACAUGUUUGUCAACGGCGUGUUUAAAAGGAGACGGAUGCCCGCCACUCACUUCAGCACCCUGAAGCCGACCAAGCUGCCCCCUGUAUCGGCAAGUGAAGCCUCGCUGAACCCAGCGACUCAGACCUUUCUGUCUUAUUCUGGGCCCGAACACCCAUCCACACGGUACCUGGAAAAUACUCACGGCAACCCGAUUUUCAACUCCCUUGACAGCCAGCGAACUGCAAGCAAACGCAAACAAGCCUUGCCAAAGCGGACCAUGAAGAUGGGCAGAACUUCUCAGUCCCCUCUGCUAGCUCACGACGAAAGAGAAUCGGAGUCCCUCAAGGGAGACUUUGACUGGGCGUCAGUCUUUGACGACGUGUUUAACGUGAACGGGAGUAACUUUGAGGACCUAGACAUCAACGCUGCGUUGAACUCUCUGGGGACAGAGCUGGACCUUACUGUCCAAGGAAGGCACAUUAGCCCACAGUCCAAAUGGUGUUCCAUGGGCAUGGACCAAGUUCUCGCGGAAACCACCAGCCAAACUUCGCAGUUUGAAGAUUUUACUUUUUUCUCUGACCCUCAAAGACAUCCGUGGGAGGAGAUGAAAGAAGAGUUCCAAGUGACCCCUUUGAAUGUAGAUCAAGGCUUCAACUUCUAUGAAGGAUUCUUCAAUGAGAUACAUCAAUGGGAAAGAGGAGAUACCUUUCUGUGACCAGACUAAUAUUGAUCAAUCUUGAACCAUUUGCUACAUUAGCAUUAAUGCCUUGAUGAUUGGAUUUGUACAGCUUAUAUGAAGUUCCUUUAUACUGUUGAAAAAAUUACCUGUUUGUUAUUUUUUAUUGUUCAUAAUUUUUACACUGGAAUACCAUUUAAUAGAGAUUCCUGUCAUGGUUGAGAGAAAACAGUCUGAAAUUCUUAAUAGUUUUAAGAUCGUACCCUCUGAUCACAAACCAGAUUGUACUACUAACAGGUGCACAGUGCUGCGACAUUUUGAAAGGAUGUGUUGUCAAAGCUAUUUGUCAUUUCAGAUUCUUUACCUUUUUUGUUUUGCAAAACCGAAAAUUGCUCAAUCGCACUUGACACUUUGGAAGGCCAUGUUGCUGAACUGAACAGAUGGAGCCAAUAGUCAAGUCAAGCAAGCUUGCAUUAAACGGAACUGUGAUAAUACUACACACACACAGUCAAUUCGGAGGAAGCUAAUCGUUUUCCCAAAUGGUUUCUUUGAGCGUUUCACCACUAUUCUUGCUACUUGAUCCAAUAAUUCCACAACGACCAAUAUUGCACUUAUAAAAAAAAAAACCUUAAUCCUCAAAAAGAUGAUCUCAAUGGUACUGCAUUUCAACUGAUUUUCAUUUUUUUAGAAGCUUGCUGGUGCAGUUUUUUAUGCCAUAUGGACUUGAAUUAGAAAUACAGGGCUUAACUUGAGGUCAUUUCAAGUUAUUUUAUUUUUUACUUUUCCUUGACUUGACUACUGAAUGAAUGUUAGAUUUUGGUUCAAUGACUUCGCUGAAUUGACACAGAAACUUGUAGGAUGCAAGGCAUAGGUCCGACCAUAUAUUUUUCCAUACAGAAGUUAUUUUACUCCGAUGUACUAGUGUUAUAAAUGUAGUUCUGUGGAAUUGAUUUGGUGACUAACCUGAGCGGAAAUUCUCAAGCGGAGAGAGGACAUGGGUAAGAUUGGAUGCAACUAUAUUUGGAACUGCCCUAAAUCAUGACAAACUUGAGGUGGAACUGAUUGACACUAAAAAGGGCAAAUGUCACUUGCUAAAGUGAAGCAAGCAUCUUGAGCUGGAUUAUAUAUAUAUAAAUAUAAAUAUAUAUAUUAAAUAAAACACGCAAUCAAUUCAUCAUGAUUCUAUGCAGAACUCUGUUCCUCAUUGUCUUGGACCUGCUGCCUUAGCAAUGAAGUAAUGGAGGGUUCCCAUCCUGUGACUUUUGCAACGAGCUGCUAUGUAUUCGGGAAGAUGAAGUAGGACAUCGUCCACUAUACUGUAACUAUGCCAAUCUCUUUAAUUCACUGAAGGCAGAGUAGAGGAAAAAAAAAACUCAUCGAUCUUUGAGCGGAAUGGAUAAGUAGUCACUGUUAGAUGCUUGUUUUGUUUCGAGAAGAGUGUGUUUGCCUGGAUCUGUCUCUCUGUUAGCUGACCAAUGGACAAAUUACCCUUGUGUGCAAUCUCCCAUUUUCUAUUCUGGUUAAAUGCUAUUUGCCUCACUGCAAUAAAAAUUGUGGGGUUUAAAGCA